CCUGUGUUUGUGUCAGAAGCUGAACAAGAUGACCCUGAAGUUCUUCUAUCUUUAAGCUUCCCCUAGGAGCAGUGUCUAAAUUAGCCACGGGCAGCUGGGCGGGAGCCAGUCCCAGGAAAUCCGUUUUAUAAGCAGCCAAAGGAGCACUGUUGCGUCUGUGCUGCGUGCAGAGCCAGGAUGGGUCUGGCUCUAGAUCAGCUCCGUGCCACGCCUGGCCUGAACACCUGCCUCUGAAAAAAAGUAGCACCAAAUGCAGAGACGCGGCCGUUGCUGAGCAAACCUACCCUGCGGUAGUCGGGCUGCUCCCAAGUGGAAAGCAGGUCCUGCAGGAAAAACUGGGCCCGUUUGUUAGCCUAAGAUCUCUUUCCCACUCUGCCUGCCUGCCACAGUGAAAUAGCUGGAAUGAUCUGCUCCGAUUUAAUAGAAGUCUAAAGCUUAAUUGUUCUGUUUAGAGCAUCAGAGAUUUUCCCUUGGUUAGGGCCAAAUUCUGCUGUUGUUUACGCCCUAAAUCUCUUUUGCAUCAGCACAUUCAGGGCGUUCAUCAUUUCUGCUCUGUACAAUGUGCACAGUACAAGGUAAGGAAGAGCCGGGCCCAACGGUGCAACAGUUUCGCAAUGUAAUUCUGGCGGCCUUAUCCUUAGGAGUGUAGCCAAUGCCUGGAGUCAGGCUGAUGGCAGAAGAAUGUCUGUGAGGGGGCGAUGGCCUCGAAGACAAGAUUCUACCUAAAUGUAGUUUUGACCCUCGGACUUUCUGUUCAAGUAUAUGUGUAAUGCAACUUCUGAAUAAAGGAUGUGGUCAGUCUUUCUCGGUAGCUGCAAGCUGCGCUUGUCAAGAGCUGCCGACUCACUUGGCUAUGCAAAGAGCAGUUCCUCAAGCAGAGGAUCUAACUAGUUUAUUUUGAUGUAGGCAAUGAAGCACCAAGAGUUAUAUUUUACCCCUAUAAGAAUCAUGAGAGGAUGCAAGUGCCUGGAGGAUCUUUCUCCUUGCCUCAACUAUUGACACCAGUGUGGUCACUGGAAGUCCGUUUCUUUCAGCAGAUCUUCCACUGAUAAUCAGGAGUAGAUUUGUGUCACCGCUUAAGGGAAACCUCAGGACCAACACACUGCAAAGUGCUAGGUCUAACCGCUCUGCCAAAUAUAAUCUUCCCGAUGAGAUAGGAAACCAAAGGCCACAGUGCUCAGGGAGUGCGGUACAAACCAGCAACGUCACCUUCCAGGUUGAAAUGCGUUUUGAGUUACUACUUUGCCAUUGAGACUUCGUGAUGUUUCUGCUGGGCUGAGCACGUGGGCCCAGAAUCACAGGUAUCAGUACUGUCAGCACCUCUCCCAGCAAACGCUCUUGUGAGCAGUGUCGGCUCCCACUUCUUGGAAGACUUGCUCAGUGAAGCCUCACCUUCCGGUGACACCAGCAAACUUGCAGGAAGGCCUGAUGUGGGAGGUGUCCCUGGGAUAAGCCUGACCCUUAUCUUGCCAGCCAGCUGCACAGGGAUUAUCCGGGAGCUCAGCUAUGCAGCUGCAAACACUCCUGCACUGGCUGGACUGCCUUAAGAUAGUUGUAAAGCCAGCAAGAAAGCAAGGAUUGAACUACUCUGAGCUCUUGCAUCUCCUGUGAAGGGCAUCGAAUUCGCCCAACUUUAGAAACUCAUCCUCAGAACAAACAAAGACAGACCUGGGCCGUGGUGUCAGUCCUAGGGUGUGCGGUGUCUACUUGCCUGGUCUCCACCUCAUCCAGUCUCGUCUCACCAGGGGAGUGCUUGCAGGUGAAGAUGAACAGUGGAAUUCUCCUCUUGUCCUUCCUUGGCUUCCUCCCACUCGUGAUACCCAUAUGCCCUAUGCCAUGCAAGUGUGCCACCAACAUUAUCGACUGCACGUCAAAAGGCCUAACUGUGGCAAAACUGCCAGUGACUUUCCGCUCUUCGGCUGAAGUUAUCCACCUUGGUUACAACAGGCUCACCUCUAUUCCCAGUGGGCUCUUUGACAACCUAAAGAGCCUCCAGGCAGUCUACCUGCAGGGCAACCCUUGGGAAUGCAACUGUGACAUCCUCUACUUGCGCUCCUGGCUCCAGUGGCAGCAGAACCGGACCUUAUACAGGGACGUGAGAUGCACCUCCCCAGCUCACCUGCAGGACCGGGUCAUUGCCUAUCUGACAGAAGAUGAGAUCAUCUCCACAUGCCAGCACUGGUACUGCAGCCUGGCCCUCCUCUCUCAGCUCUGUCUCUUCAUCCUCCUCUUCCUCCAGGGUAUCUUGGUUAUCUUCAUCACUGUCUACCUGCAGAAAUUUCGGAGAAUGAGUGCUGAAGCCCGGAGCACCACCUGAGAUCUACACAGCAUGCAGGCUCCUGGGUAUGUUUUCAAGAAGCCCCUACAACAGUUAUUAACAUCAUAAGGCUGAAUACCCUCCUCCCUCUUGGGUGAUGCUGUGCUAAGGUUGUGUGGUUUGUGAUAUCCAGAGGGGACAGCUCAGCACAACAUCUGAUCCUAACUGCAGUCCCGAGUGGGACUUGAACUGAUUGGACACUUGCUGUAUUUCCAAAGACCUGAUCUUGGGGCUUUUAAUAUUUUAAACUCUUUAGCAUAAUCUUGAUUGCUUUGCUGAGCUGGGAGUGGUUCUGGCUUGGUAGACUAAGGAAAUCAUAAACUACAGCAACCAGAACUGAUCCAAACUGUUCAUAAGCCGAUAGGGGCUAUAGUGCUCAAACCCUCCUGUGCUAAACUAUUUCAGCCGUACUUUCCGCGAUGCUUCUGGUUGCAUUGUGUCAGGUGAGGACAGAGGAGGGCAGUGAACAGUUGAGGUAGUGGACUAGGGCAAUGGAGAAAUACAGCUUCCUUGGUGCUUCCACAGAUUGCCUUAGUAACUUUGGACAAGUGACUUAGUCUUCUCCUGCCUCACUUUCCCAUCAGUAAAAGGGAAGGGAUGUUCUUACUUGAUGAUGUGUCUUUUCCAAUGUUGUUCUGGGGCAGGGAGGGAGGAAGGAAAUGUUUAGAAGCCUACCCAUUUACCCUAUCUUCAUUCCUUUUCAUCUGCUUAUACUGACUUCAAGAUGUACUGAGUCAGACUGAGGCCCUGAAUGUUCAUGAGAAAUUUACCUUGAAGCCAGGAGUUGUUGAGACCAGAGGCUCUGUCCUUGUACGGUACCUGGCACAAGACCUCUGGUCAUCUUUAGAGGCUCAAACUGCAAAACCCACCGAUGUGCCUGCUGCUGCCUAUGAUGUCCCUUAAUUAUUUUUGGAACAAAGCAAAAUUGAAAUAAAAUAAUGAUAUAUGAUGA